AAAAGUAAGAAAAUGGCAGAAAAUACACAUUUAGGAAUCGCUUCCAGUCAAGAGGAUGACGAUGAGGCCCCCGAAGAGGUGACAUUCGAAGAUUCUAAAGCGGCGGCAUUACGGAGUAUGAGAGAAGCCAUUGAUACAGCAAGAAGAGAAAAAGAAUUACUGAAGGAAAAGCGAAGAAAGAGGCAGGAACUGUUCCAGGAACAAAAGAAAAGAAAGCUUCUCCCUGUUGACAUCCUGGAGGAAAUAGACUCUACUGUACCAAAGAAGCCCAAGGUAUCCAAAGCUCAAGAUGAGGUAGAACAAAAGGGGGAGGAGAAGAAGAAGAAGAAGAAGAAGAAGAAGAGUUUGAAGGGGAACUGUAGCGUUAUGAGACUGAAGGACCAGUCUCUAUCCAGCAAGCAGCAGCAGAGCGCUCUCGAUUUCAUCCAGUCCCGUCUGUAUGGCCCGGGAGCCAACAGAACCACAGUAAAUCAGCUCCUUUCCAAGAGGGCCUUGAACAAAGGUGCAGCCGUGCAGUUUGUGGACAAGCAGUGGGGUACAGAGAAGAAAGAGGAGGCAGAGAAGUUCAAAAAGAGGUGGAAGAACAAGCAGGGGGUGGGGCAGAGCUGGGGGCAGGGGCGGGGCCACUACAGGAAUGACCAAUCUGAUCAAACUGCAGCUAUGUUCCAAAAUGGAAAGUAA